AUCGUGCUCAGCUUGUCUUGCGUUAUUAUCUGUUGAGAACUAGAACUGCGAUAAUGGCUCCACAAGUAAAAUAUACCAAGUUAUUCAUCGACAACCAAUGGGUGGACUCCGUGAGUGGUAAAACCUUUGACACACACUCUCCUCAUGACGGAUCACUUCUUGCAAGUGUAGCUGAAGGGGAUAAGGCGGACGUCGACCUAGCAGUCAGUGCAGCGCGCCGAGCCUUCCACCGCAACUCAGAAUGGCGCUUGCUAGACGCAUCUCAACGAGGGGAGAUCCUAUACAAGUUUGCCGACCUCGUGGAAAGAGACCUUCAGUACAUUGCCGAGCUGGAGUCUUACGACAACGGCACAGUGCUGAGUAGAGCUAUCACCUUUUUUAAUGCUGGCGUCAAGAAUAUAAGAUAUUUCGCCAGUUUAGCUGAUAAAGUCCAAGGCUGUACUAUUCCUGCUGAUGGAGAGACAUUUUCUUAUACUUUAAAGCAACCUGUAGGAGUUUGUGGACUUAUUUUGCCAUGGAACGUGCCAGCUUUGAUGUACAUUAAUAAAGUUUGCACGGCGCUUGCUGCAGGUUGUACAGUCGUGAUUAAACCAGCGGAGCAGACACCAUUAUCAGCGUUAUAUCUGACGGCGUUGCUAGCCGAAGCUGGUGUCCCUAAAGGAGUAGUGAACGUUAUCAAUGGCUACGGUGAAACGGUUGGAGUUGCUCUUACACACCACCCUCAUGUUGCCAAGAUAUCAUUCACUGGAUCACUUGAGGUCGGUAAAUUAAUUCAACAAGCGGCUGGAGCUUCCAACCUUAAACGUGUCACUCUUGAGCUGGGAGGCAAAAGCCCGCUUGUCAUCAUGGACGAUGCCGACUUGGCUCAGGCGGUCCCUUACGCGGCUUUAGGCGUGUUUGCACAUCAAGGUCAGAUUUGCGUUGCUGCCAGUCGGUUAUUUGUUCAAUCUAAGAUCUAUGACAAGUUUAUUGAAGCCAGCAUUCAAUUUGCAAAGUCACUCAAAAUUGGAAGUCCAUUCGAUUCUGAAACUCAACAUGGACCACAGAUUGACGAGUUGAUGAUGAACAAGGUACUGAACUACAUUGAAACAGGCAAAAAAGAAGGAGCGAAAUUGGUCACUGGAGGAAAACGUAUUGGAAGCAAGGGCUAUUUCAUAGAACCUACUAUAUUUACUGACGUCACCGACGAUAUGACAAUCGCUAAAGAAGAGAUCUUCGGCCCAGUACAGAGCAUUCUGAAGUUCGACACAUUAGAGGAAGUGAUUGACCGAGCAAACGAAACUAACUACGGUCUCGCCUCCGGAAUCUUCACUUCCAACAUCAACAAUGCUCUGCAGUUCAGCAAGCAUGUUGAAUCUGGCGUUUGCUGGGUAAACAUGUACUUAGGGGGCGGACCUCAGACGCCGUUUGGAGGAUUCAAAGAAUCUGGAAUUGGACGAGAAAGGGGUAUCAACUGCCUUGAAGAGUAUUUGGAAGUUAAAACUGUGACCAUCGCUCAACAAAAGAAAUUUUGAUUACAUAAAAUCCUAUAAUAAAAUAUA